UCUCUCCAGCGGGUCUCAAGAUUGUCAACCUCAUCAUAGCUGUUCACAAAAAGAAAUGGCUGGUGGCGGAGAUCUAAUGGAAGGUGAUCUGGAAGAUGGGGAGAUUUCUGAGUCCAGCUCGGAAACUGAGAUGGGAACCGCCGCCGCAGCGCAAGCUCGACCCCAGGUUCCUCCAGCUUUCAGCGGGCAGUCCUUCCACGACAGAGCCGCUGCCCAGCAUUCUGCCGCUGCCUACCGCAGCACUGGUAGGACGGUGGAGUCCAGCGACAGUGACCCAGACUCGUCGGACGAGGAGGCGACUGUUUGGCGCCGGAAGCGGCAGAAAGUAUCCAACGUCCCCCAGCGGCCUGCCUGCACCACCCGGUCGGAGCCGACCCGCAUGCCCGUCCCCGGCGCGCCUGGAGGCCGCAAGGUGAACAACAUUUGGGGCUCUGUGGUCCAGGAGCAGUGCCAGGAUGCCGUCGCUGCAGAGCUGGGCAUAUUUGGCAUGGAAGGUGAAGUGAGCAUGUCCAGCAGAAACGUGGAGACGUAUAACUUUGUUCUGGCCCGUAAGAUAAUGGAGAAGGAGAGGGAGCAGGAGAGACAGGCGAAUAAUGAUGGAGAAGUGAGCAUGCUGGACGCUCAGCUGGAGGAGUACAUGAAGGGCCGGGACUCGCAGGAGAGGACAGGAGCUGAUGCCAAGAGGAAGAGGCCAGCUAAAGAGAGACUGGGCCCCCGGGCGGAGAUGGACAUCAAGGGCCGGUAUGAGAUCACAGAGGACGACCCCGAAGAUAAGGUGACGGACGAGAUAGCACACAGGCUGCAAGAGCCAAAGAAAGACCUGAUAGAGCGCAUUGUCAAAAUCAUCGGAAAGAAAAAAGCCAUAGAGCUGCUCGGAGAGACGGCCACACUGGAGGAAAGCGGUGGUGUAUACACCAUGGACGGCAGCAGGCGAAGGACGCCUGGUGGGGUGUAUCUCAACCUGCUGAAGAACACACCCAGCAUCAGCAAGUCCCAGGUCCGGAAGAUAUUUUCUGAGGAAAACCAGAAAGAUUACAAGAGCAAGAAGGCCGCCCAUAAGAGGAGGCGGCACAUGGUGGCCAAGAAGAUGAAGCAGGCCAUCGGCACACUGAACCUGCAGGAGCACGACGAUGUCUCCAGGGAGACUUUCGCCAGUGACACUAAUGAGGCCUUGGAGUCAUUAGAGGACGCUGCUGAAGAGGAAGAGGAAGAGGAGGGUCAGGAGGAAGCUGCUGUGGGCACUGAGGAGACGGCAGCGGUGGUCUACAACUCUGCAGACCUGGAGGUCUUUUGAGGGAUGCCUGCUGUCUGAACUCUGGGAGGUUUGAACAAGGACAUUUAGGAUUAAAAGUACAACACCACACUGCAUAAGUACAUUCUCUACCAAGUACAGAAUCUCACCGGAGUGUCCCUUUUUCUUUUUUUCCCAUAGCAAUAAAAGGACAGCUUAUGUUAAAAGUAAUAUUGGUUUCGUUCGGUACAGCAUGGAUUUGUAGGUUACAGCACAUGUAAACAGUGAUUUGAGAUACAAAUGUUGUUUGCCAUUCAAUCAAGUUUUUACUAAUCAAAAACGCACCUAUGUUGUUGAAGCUUAUUGGAGUAACAGUGACGCACUCUUGUUAGUUCUCAAAUAUAGUUUUUUUUUUUUAGUUUUUUUUUUUUUUACAAGGUUUCAUUAGGAUAGAAUGAAAUCUGGAUUUAUUAAAAUAAUUUGUGUGCAGCAUAAAUAAAGGUGACUGAAGUACAAUUGCCUCAAAUUCCAAUGAUUGCUCACUGGGGUUUUUCACUGUAGAUUAAUUCCAGAAGCAUUGUGAUACAGAAUCAGUCCCUGAAAGCUGAGUGUUUUUCAGCAGUUCAGGAUGGUUGGGCUGAGUAUCGCAGAGAAUCACGUUGGUUUCUCAGACGUUUGUCCACUAGAUGGCAGACACACACUAUCACGAGGACCAAGUGCCUGAUGUUUAGAUAAAGUAUUGAUCCCAUACAAGUAAAUGAAAGGAUACAAUACAAGAAGUAGUUUAAUCUGUUAGUAAAUACACUGUAUACCAGAAGAAGCAUGUGAUGGAAGGUGCUAUACACAAUAUACAAACGGUAUAUACAAAUAUGUACUGUGAUAUCAAAAUCAAUUCAGAAAUUAAGCCACAUAAGAGAGAUAAAUAAACUUACAAAAAUAUCACUUAAAGUUCCUUUGGGUACAAUUUAGGAGGAUCUAUUAUCAGAAAUGGAAUACUUUAUUCAUAACUGUUUUCAUUUUGAGUAUAUUCACCUUAAACUAAGAAUCGUAUUAUUAGUUUAGAAUGAGCCCCUCGUAUCUAGGAGCGGGUCUUCACAGAGUCCACCAUGUUGCACCGCUUUGUUUCUACGGUAGCCCAGAAUGGACAAACCAAACACUGUUUACUGGGUUUGGUAGAUUAUCAAGAGAAACUGGGACCAUAAAUAAAGUGCAGUUGAAGAUAUUUCAUAAAUUCUUUUAAUGCUGUUACUGUGAGCACCAAUUCAAACCAAUUACUGUGUUGGGACGGAGGCAAAACUGGGCCAAGGAAACCAAAAGCUAUGGCUGAAAAGAUGCUUCUUUUGAAGGCCAACAGGUGGUGAUGAGGUUUUUCAUGUAUCCAUAUACUGUAGGUAUAUCCCCGUCCACUACUCCUCAAACACUUGCAUUGAUCAAAUGUACCAAUCGCUCAUAGAGUAUUUUGUGCAAUUCCAGUCACUUUCAGAUGCGUUAAACAUCCACCAGUGGUUCUGAUUUAAGAAACAGGCUUUUCUCGGGGGAGACAGAUUUGCACAGUGUCUCCAUCUUUUUGAAUGUAUUUAUUCUUGCAUUUAUCAGACUUGACAAAUGGGUGGCAGCAAAUGUCUGAUUAUGGUGGUGGCAUGGUGUGUGUACAUGGCUGUGGUGUUCUUUGAUAAAACAAGGAGUCAAAUAUGGAUGAAUGUUUUUGUCCUUGAUGGUGUUCUGAAACGUGUCCAUGUUCAGUGUUCCAUUUAAAGAGGGCUGCAAACAACAAAAACACAAAAAUGCCCAUCUUUAUAUCAGGAAAAAUUAUUCAUAACCGUUUUGUUUACAGGCCAUUAUUUUCGAAUCAUUACAUGAUACUUUCCUGGCAUGAACUAUGUCAUUUAGCACUAAUUACAAGGAUAGUUAAAACCAAGUUAUUUUAGUUAGUUGUGUUAAGUUCAUGAGCAAUUGGGGAAUUUCACUGUGCAUGGAUAAAAAGACUACAUUAAGUUAUGUUAGCUUAGCAACACGGUUCUUACCAUCAAACGUUCUCGGAAAAAAGAUCAAAAUAUACGAGAAUGGCAGCAUUUCUAGUGCCUCAACGUCUCAGCAUGGCGACGGCUGAGCUGGUGGCUCGCAGCUAACAGUGCAAACAGCGCUAACAGUGCUUGCAGAGCUAACAAUGUUUAUGCGACAGAGAACUGGAGGGUGGGCGCUAUGCUUCAGCUGUAACCGCCGGCACCAGUGGGGCACGCUCACAUGCACUAAAAGCACAAAUCAACAAAGAACUACGUUCGGCUACGUCAACAAAGCCAGGAGAAGCUCGGAUAACAACACACAGAGGAAGAGUGACUUCGUUCUCUGCUCGGUUAGACAUUACUUCACUAAAUCUUCACAUAGAUGAUAGCUGUUUGCGGCUAAAUUAACACUGUCAUUUAAAGCACCGUUAAAGCUGCAUCAACACAUGUUUUUGGGCACAGAGAAACACGUAAACACAACAUGUGACAUAACACCCAGUUGUUGCGGCUGACGUGUUAGCAAACAGUUGCGUAUUUGGAGUCGUGUUUCUGGUGACCUGAUGAAAUAUUAUCCAACAUUCACUCUUGUUUGGUCUCAACCAACUCCUGAGAAAAUGAACUGGGACUUAGGCUUCUAAACAUCAGAUUUCUUCGCCAGCUAGUUGCUAACAUUGUCUUUCUUUUCUUUGGUGCUGGGCAGACAACAUACAAUGGACUUGUCAGAACUUGCUUU